AUGAAUGCGGCACCGGCGACGCAUGGCAGGCUGAGCCUCUACAACAAACUCUACAACAAAAUCGCGCUCUACAUCGCUCUACAACGCACCCGCUUCGUCCCGCGGCGGAUGCUACCGGUCGCGCUCCACAGCGCUAAGCACAACGCCAAGAUGCCCGCGCGAGCGAUUCGGGACGAGGUGCCCGAGCCGGUCAGCCUCUUGCUGCUCAACUCGUACUGGCUUUUCGACGUCGGCGAAGGGACGCAGGUGCAGCUGCAGCGGUGCUUCGUGGCGCCCGGGCGCAUCGACCGCUUCUUUCCCGGUGGUUUGGACUUGCGCCCGGGCCCAGACGGGUGCUGGGAGCUACUGACGGCCGCAUUUGGCGAGAGUGGCUCGGUCACCGUGCGCGCGGCGCCGGCGUCCAAGCGGGGCCGCCUCAAGCCGGAGCUGGUGCUGCCGCUGCUGCAGCGCAACAGACAGGCGCUGUCGGACGAAGGGGGGGCGCUGGCGGACGAGUGGGGCGUGCGCGACCCGCGAUCGGUGCUGAAGAAGGUUGCGGCACUCGGCUCUGAGGAGGAGCUCGUCCUUCCCGACGGCGCGGUGAUCCGAGGCUCCGACGCGGUCGGCGGCACGCGGCGCGGACGCAAGAUUGCGGUGCUCGGCGACUGCUGCGACGCCUCGCCUUGCUCGGGCAUCGCCGCCGGGUGCGACUUGCUGGUGCACGAGGCGAGGCGCGCGCGCUCUGCUGCUCACGCACUUCUCGCAGCGCUACCCGCCCGACGCCGUCGGCAUGAUGCGCGCCAUCGCCGCCGCCGCCGCCGCCGAGGCGGAGCUGCCUCCGGAGCAAGUGGUGGCGGCGCGCGACACGCUCGUCCUGCCGAUCUGGCAGCCCGACCGCACCAAGGCGAUGCGGCCCGCCAGCCCGCCGUGACGCGCGUCCGGUCUUGUGGACGUGAGCGUGACCGCAACCGAGCCGCUCUCCAGACUCCACCAGAUAGGGUGUCAGAUACGAGAUGGAGCGAGCCUUUCGGUCCGUUCUCCGUUGUGACGCCAGAGCCCCACCCGCCACUCCACUUUCGAACCGUGUGUUCCCUUCCUUUCUUUUUUACAUUUUAGAAUACAG